CCAGGGAGGGGAGGAAAGGCCCAGGAUGAGUGCUGUAGGGAACCUGGCCCCCUAGUUUCCCUGCUUGUCCUGUCGCUGCUGGGCUUGGUGCUCUCCCGUCCUCCUUCCCUGCCUUCCUUCCCAAAUGCUGCUUCUGUCCCAAGCACAAGGGCUUGGUGUGUUGCGUGGCAGAUGUGUUAGUGCAGAUGGCAGUAGUUGUGAGGUUCUUCCGCUGGGUCUGGAAGAAGAUCACGCAAUGGAUUUUUUUCUGGAAACAUCGAACUCCAUUGCCCUCCUCCUCGGCACUUGACCCCAAUCAGCCUGUGUCAAAGGAAGUGGAGAAAUGUGACAAGAUGGCGGACUCUUCUACAGAGAGCCUGGCUCCUAAGGUCAUAGAUUCCCUCCGGGCAGCAGUGCCAGCACAAACCAAAACACCCCUGACGGGGGUGGAUGUGAGCACUGAGCGCCGCACCCGCAGCUCGCUGCUGCACCUGCCCCGCUUGGCCAUGGAGUCUGUCUCUACCUUCAUGCUUUCGGCCCUGCAGAACGGCUGGCAGAAAUGCACCUGGAAGACCUCGGUGAGCUCUAGAACCGUGAGUUCUAGAUCUUCGUCCCCGAAGCGGGCCGCAUCUUCCCUGGAGUCCAAGGAGGCAGAGAUGCUGCGGGAAGUGUACCUGGUGCUCUGGACCAUGCGGAGGCAACUGCAGCAGCUGGCAAGGCGGCAGGAGCAGCGGCGCCAGCGCCACCACUGGGCCAGCGUCAACGCGCACUCGAGGGAGGCCGCCACGGGCCAGAUCCCCAAGUUGGACGCGCGGAGUCCUCUGUAGGAGAGAACCCCCCAUCCUCAGAGCACCCCCAUCCCAUUGUGGGAAACACGACAGAGGCCAGGCCAGGCCAGGCGGUGGCGGUCCAGGAGCUGCUCCAGGGUGCUCACCGCCUCGAUGCUCAGCAUCUCCGGUUCAAGGCCCGGCGGGGUCCCCUCAUGGGCCCACCCCACCCUUCCAUGUUUGUUAGCUUCGUGAGAAUCGCAAAUUUGUCAGGUGUUGGGAAAUAAAUAUCGAACUUUUU